UCCAAGCGAGAGCGGGAGAGGCGGUGCAUGAGAAGAGCAGGCUGGAUUUUCUUGAGGGACAGGAAAAAGCAUCAGACCUGCAGCAUAAACAGACAGGUUACAAAUAUUGAUCAACUGAUCAAGUCCAUGAAACUGAAGGUUCCUCAUGAUGGACAAAAAAAAUGCAAAUGGCUUUUUUCCAAAAGCCUCAGAGACUGGAGGCCAGCGCAAGCAGCUGCCAUACUCUGUGGAAACCCCAUACGGAUUCCACCUGGACUUGGACUUCCUGAAGUAUGUAGACGACAUAGAGAAGGGCAACACGAUCAAAAGAGUCCACAUCCAGAGGAGAAACAAGGGCCCCAAAUUCAGCACACUGCCACGCAACUUCAGUCUCCCUGGCCAUGCCUCCCGGACAGUGCCAAAAGACAACUGGACAUCUACCUGCACCCUUGGGCCUAAAGCAAAGUCACGAGUUGUGGAGGUCCAGCAAAUUUAUGAGAUUCAGCCACCUGAUGGGAGUUCUGUGGGCUACCCAAGGGCACCUGGGGUUGCUUACAAGUCUAUUAAAGGUGUGGAGGAUGCCACUAUCCAGGCUUUUGAUGAGCAACCCCUCGGCCUCCAUGUCAGGCCACAUCUACUCAGAGCAUCCAGCAUGCCAGUCACUGUCUUGAGAAAGAAUUCUGAGUCUAUGGACACUCAUGGACACAAAGCUUUUGUAGACUCACACAGAGAGAAUGGCUCAUCUGAGAAUGUUUUCUGCUCAUCAGACAUUGACAGGAGGGCAAAAUUACCUGGAGAACAUCCAGGGCUUCACCAACAGUUUUCUACAGCUUUGCAGAAGAUACGGGAGCUGGAGGAGCAGGUUAAAACCAUUCCGGAACUCAAAGCCCAGAUUUGUGCUCUGCAGGAGGAGAAGGAGCAACUCCUUCAUAGGCUUAACUCCCAAGCUCUGGCCUCAGGUGGAAAUACCAUGUUGCAUGGAGAACAUCAGAGAAUAGAUUUUCAGCAACAAGGCCCACAGGAUUCAGGACUAUCCAACAAUAAGUAUGCAAAAGGAAGCACCGAUCUGUCAGUCUCAUUUGCUUUCUUAAAUGAAGCUGUUUGUCAGAGUCUAGCUCAGGAUUUGGAGUCCAAGGAGCAAGAAGAAACUGAGAAGCACUCUGAACGACUGGGGGUAGAAGAAAAGCCAACAGACAAGCUUUCAAGAAAGGAAACAGAAACAACACAAGAAAUAGCAGCUAUGACACAUAAAGCAGCAGAAUAUGAUGGGUCAAUGGAAGUUCAUUUGACACAGGAAGCAGUAGUAGACAGUCUUUCAAAGCAGAACAUGAGAUUAGGGAUUCAUUCUACACAAGAAUCACACAAAGAAGCAGAGGUGGUGCAAAAUCAUUCUUCACAUGGAGGAACAGUGUGGCAUUCUCUGGUGCAGGAACAUGGCGGCAGAUUUAAAACAGAAGAAAAGUUUCUUUCAGAACAAGAAGCAGCCCAUGUAGAUGUGGCAGUAGAAAGCCCUUCCACCAAGAAUGGAUCAAAACAGGAGAAGACACUGGAAGCUGUUGGUCAACAGCAGACAGUGGAAGACAUUUCACUGCAGGAGGGACUUGACAAGACUGAGGGAGACCUGGAUUCCAGGCACCAGGGGGCAAAUGGGCUGUUGGAGAAUGCAACCAUCCAAGCGCUGCAGGUAAAGCUUGAAGCUCUCCAGAAGCAGUUCAGUGAUGUGAAAAAAGAGCUGGGGAAUGCCAGCACUCUGCUGAGUGAGGAAAAAGAGGAGAAUAAGCUGAAGGAGGACACAAUAAAGAAGCUAAAUGAAAAGCUAAUACUCUAUGCCCAGGAAGACGAGGCAGCAAAACCAUCUUCUGUUCAGUCCUUCAGUAUUUCUGUACAGGCGGGUGAACAACAACCAGUCCUCUCCAACAAAGGAGUUUCUACUGAGGAGAAAUCUCUACUAUCUACAUGCAGUGGUACACAACAGAAUGACACCGUGAGCUCAAGCACUCAAACAGACAUUGUGGAAGCUCAGAAUCGAGGCAUUUCGACUAAUGUUCUCACAGCGGACGUGUGUGUGGCAGCAGAAGUGGCUACAUGUGACCGAGCUGUGGAGACAGAUUCUCAGGAAGUGCCAUGCAGUCUAACUCAGGAGGAUGCAGGGGUAAUGGAGGAAUCUGAGAGCACAGCUGCUUCUUUGGAUCUGGAAUGUGCUAUUCCCACUCAUACGGAGGGAGUGGGCUGCUUGGUGGAGGUGAGGCAGCACCGGCAGGAUGGCCGUGAGCAGGCUGCUCGUCGGGAAGGAGAAGAACCCGCAGCCACGCACGCAGCCAUUGGCCAGUAUGUGACAAAGAUCCAGGGCCUCCUGAAUGAGCAGUGGGUCUGCCUUGGCAGCAGUCAUCCCGAAAUUGCCAGCACUUUGAAGCAGCCUGCCUCCAAGUUCAGCUCCAUCCAGACCCAGCUGAUCAGCUCUCUUAACGCCCUGUCCUCCUUCUAUUCAUCCCCAGGUCAGAAGGGGGGAGCCACUCGACAAGCAGCUCUCAAAUCCAUAAUGAAGAAGAACGACUGCACCGAGAGGGCAGGAAAUAGUGGCACCAAGAAGAACCUCAAGUUUGUCGGUGUGAACGGGGGGUAUGAGACAACAUCCAGUGAGGAGUCAAGUGGGGAGGACAAUGUAGAGGAGGACAGCUCAGAGUCUGAGGAGCAGGGUAAAGAAGGCCACUGCCCUGCACAGGACCUGAUGCAUGCAGAGUCCCAAUCGGUGGAGGCCCAACCAGUAGAGUCUGAAGCAGUGGAGGCUGCUGGAGACCCACCAGGCCCAAGAUGUGAUGUGGAACCUCAGGAGGAGAAGCAGGACAGGGAAGAAGCAGAUGAAGACUUCUUGGCUGCCUGCCUUUACAUUAAGGAUCGUCUUGCAGAAGUGGCAUCCCCGGACAAGGAAAUGAGGCAGUUCCUGAUGGUACUCUACCAGGAGUGGUUCCGUGUGUCCAGCCAGGAGGACUCCCACGUGGACACAGUAACCCUGUACUUGAAGGAAGUGGCAGCUGCCACACCGACUCUCCUGCGCUUCCUGGUCAACCUGGCUGAUGGCAAUGGCAACACUGCGCUUCACUAUAGUGUGUCCCACUCCAACUUCUCCAUUGUGAAACUGCUCCUGGACACAGGCCUUUGUGAUGUGGACCACCAGAACAAGGCAGGCUACACGGCCAUCAUGCUGGCCUCCUUGACCACGGCUGAUGGUCCAGAGGACAUGGAAGUAGCGCUGCAGCUACUCAGACAAGGGAAUGUCAACACACGGGCCAGCCAGGCUGGCCAGACGGCGCUGAUGCUAGCCGUGAGUCACGGAAGGACAGCCAUGGUGCGCCUUCUCCUGGAGUGCCAAGCCGAUGUCAACGUGCAGGACAAGGAUGGGUCCACCGCCCUCAUGUGUGCCUGCGAACAUGGCCACACUGACAUCGCCCGUCUCCUGCUAGAGAGAGACUGCGACAUCAAUCUGAAGGACAAGGAAGGCCACACAGCCCUGUCUGUGGCUCUUCAGGCCUCCCACUCUGAUAUAAUAGAGCUCCUAAGGGCACACGUGGAUGCAAUGGUCUCCGAAACCCACGAGCCUCUCUGAGCCACCCCACUGCAUUGCCUGGGAGGACCACUGCCCCGUCCGGGAGAUGCAGCCUUUUCGGAUCAUUUCCAUCCAUUACAGACAUUACACAGGUAGUGAUUAGUGCUUGGCUGGUAUCCAGUAAGAAAAGAACCGGCGUGAUCCACUCAGUGAGACUGGACACACCUUCAAAAUGACCUUUCUUUUCACUGACACUCCUCUACAUUAUUUCUGUUACGUACACUUUAUACUGUUCUUUUUGGAUCACAGUAAUGUACAUCUGGAAGGUAUUUUGUAUAUCAAAGACAUUGCAUUGUUUUUCUUUAUUUUUUCCUUAUUGAUAUAACUUUACUACAGUCUUCCUAAGGAGAGUGAAAAAAAGAGAGACAUCAGUGAGGUCACCAACCGAAUAACUAGGGUUUUUUUUUGUCCUGGGUGAGAAAUACCUAGCAGGUGGAGUAAAAGAGGAGCAUUGUAGCGCAGGACUUCAUAAAAAGAGCAGUCAAAAACAUUUUACCCAUGAUGCACCUGUGACAGGACAGCAGCUAGACAAGACUCAGGGUUCAGCUCUAUAAAGAGAGAGCAAACCUGACUGAAAAGCCAGAAUUAGACAGUAAUCGACUAGAGAGCCCUUUCUGUAAGUGUGAAAAAGCCUAAUGUUAUUGGGGAAGAUUGCCAUGAACUGGCAUUAAUACACAAAGUACACAAAAAGACUUUCACCUUAUAU